AUGUCAGGGCUGGUUGUGGGAGACAACAGCCGGCGCUGCCAUGGAGACCGCUGUGGAGUGCGGCUGCAGAGGAUGACUGCCGCGCUCACAUUCGCUCAAAAUGUCAAAACACCCGAGGUAGGGGUGGAGGAGUCACGCCUGGACCUGAUCACUAUCAACCUGCGAACUGCCGGCAUCAACCUGUUUGAGCUGAACAAGAGCGAGCAGCUUAACUCUCAGCCGGUGAGGCUGCUGGUGCUGAACUCCAACACUAAUCGAGCUUUUCUCCUUCUGUUUUCUCUCCCUGCGCCGGCCGUCCCCCAACAUCGACCAACUCCGUCCAGAUAUGACUACAAGGAGAUGCUCCACAACUCCACCUUCUGCUUGGUGCCCCGCGGCAGACGUCUGGGCUCCUUUCGGUUCCUCGAGGCGCUGCAGGCUGCAUGUGUGCCAGUGAUGCUGAGUAACGGAUGGGAGCUUCCUUUUUCGGAAAUCAUCGACUGGAACACCGCUGCAGUCAUCGGCGACGAGAGACUCCUCCUGCAGAUCCCGACCACGGUGCGCUCCAUCCACCAGGACAAGAUCCUGUCGCUCCGACAGCAGACUCAGUUCCUCUGGGAGGCGUACUUCUCCUCUGUGGAGAAGAUAGUGCUGACCACGCUGGAGAUCAUCCAGGACCGAGUGCUGGAGCACGGCUCCAGGAGCAGCCUGAUGUGGAACAGCCACCCUGGAGGCCUGUUUGCCUUGCCGCAGUACUCCGGAUACCUGGGAGACUUCCCCUUUUACUACGCCACACUGGGUAUUAAACCGUACCCCAAGUUCACUGCAGUCAUCCACGCCGUCUCCCCUCUGGUGUCCCAGUCCCAACCCAUUCUCAAGCUACUGGUAGCUGUGGCCAAAUCCCAGUACUGCGCUCAGAUUAUCGUCCUGUGGAACUGCGACAAGCCGCUCCCGGCCAAACACCGCUGGCCCGCCACCUCCGUGCCCGUCAUCGUGAUCGAGGGAGAGAACAAGGUCAUGAGCAGCCGCUUCCUGCCGUACGAGUCCAUCGUGACAGACGCUGUCCUCAGCCUGGACGAGGACACCGUGUUGUCCACCACAGAGGUGGACUUUGCUUUCACCGUCUGGCAGAGUUUCCCGGAGCGGAUCGUGGGUUAUCCGGCCCGCAGCCACUUCUGGGACAGCAACAAGGAGCGCUGGGGCUACACCUCCAAAUGGACCAACGACUACUCUAUGGUUCUGACCGGCGCCGCCAUGUUCCACAGGUACUACCACUUCCUGUACACCCACUACCUGCCCAGCAGCCUGAAGAACAUGGUGGACCAGCUGGCCAACUGCGAGGACAUCCUGAUGAACUUCCUGGUGUCGGCCGUCACCAAGCUGCCGCCCAUCAAGAUCACACAGAAGAAGCAGUACAAGGAGACCAUGAUGGGGCAGUCUUCUCGGGCGUCCCGCUGGGCCGACCCGGACCACUUCGCCCAGCGGCAGACCUGCAUGAACAAGUUCGCCAGCUGGUUUGGCGCCAUGCCGCUCGUCCACUCCCAGGUGAGGCUGGACCCCGUGCUCUUCAAGGACCAGGUCUCCAUCCUCCGCAAAAAAUACAGGGACAUCGAGAGGCUCUGACAGGACCGCCGCCCCCUCGGGGGAGACUCCACGCAGGGGGAGGCGCGCGACAGAGACUCCGUGGAGAGCCGGCGGAGCAGCCGCACCA